AUGCAAAAGGCCAAGGUAUACGCCGUGGUGGGUUCCAACAUCGAACAGCUGGGCACUGAGCUCGAGCGAAAGUGCAAGGAGACCGCAGCGGCCACCGAGACUGAGUGGCACAAGACUGGCAAGGCGCCUGGCCUGCUCAUCUGGAGAGUCGAGAACUUCAAGGUGGUGCCAGUGCCUCCCAAGACCUACGGCCUCUUCUUCGAGGGCGACUCCUACAUCGUGCUCAACACGCACGGCAGGCCCGGCAGCUUUCUCUAUGACGUCCACUUCUGGCUGGGCGACAGCACCACCCUCGACGAGGCUGGUACUGCGGUGUACAAGACGAUCGAGCUGGACACGUACCUGAAGGACGUGCCCGUCCAGCACAGGGAGGUUCAGGGCCACGAGUCGCCCCUCUUCCUGUCCUACUUCCCCAACGGCGUGCGCAUCCUCGAGGGCGGCGUCGCGUCGGGCUUCCAGCACGUCUCCCCGACAGAGUACAAGGUUCGGCCUUCUACUCGUUUUUUCUCGUGCUCUACUUUUUCUUCAUCUUCUUUAACAAAGGACCUCCUUUGA